GGCAGCUGUGACACUUUGGAAAGUGAUAGUGAUGGUGGCGGUGGGUCCCUCUGGUCUGGGAUGCCAGGGUCUGUGCCAGGCUUUACCAGCCCACCUGGGCGGAGUCCCUUGUCCAGAUAUUCAGGGUCUUAUCUUAUACAGGUGCCUAUUACCCACCCCACCCUGGACUGUCCGGUCACCCUCCCCGUGCAACACAAGAGCCAUGGCCUGGGGGCUGCUGCUGGCACUCUGUGGGCUCCUGGCACCAGCUGCGUCUGGCGGGCAUCACAGCCUGGCAGUGCUAGUCACAGCCGUCAUCAACGAAGAUAGGACCCAUCACUUCAUCAUGAUCGCCCGGCUGGAUGACGUUAAGAUCGCGUACUACAGAAGCGACACACGAGAGGUCAGACCCACUCAGGAGUGGGUGGCACAGACCCUGGGCAUUGAGUAUCUCCAGGAAAAGACCCAGCAGUUCUGGAGGCACGAGGAGGGCUCUAAAGUUGAGACCAGGAGGUGGAUGCAGCUGUACAACCAGACAGGUGGGGUUCACACUGAGCAGGUUCAUGUGGGCUGUGCGCUGAGUGACCAGGCCCCCAUGGACCCGAGGUUCCAGUUCGCCUACAACGGGAGGGACUUUAUCAGCUUUGACAACCAGACGGGGACAUGGGUCGCGGCCGUGCAGCCGGCCUUCGCCCCGAAGCAGCACUGGGAGACGGCGGGCAAGGUUUGGACCAAGUUUGUCCAGCAGUACCUGCAGUCCGAGUGCCUGGGGACCCUGCAGAGCCUGGUACUGCAGGGGCGGGCGGUGCUGGAGCAGCAGGUGCCUCCCAAGGUCUCAGUUUUCCGCAGAGAUGCCCUCGACGGCUCCAUCACCCUCUCCUGCUGCGCCAGGGGCUUUCACCCGCGUCCCGUCCAUGUCUCCUGGGUGCGGGACGGAGAAGACAUCUUGGCAGAGACGGACUCCAGCGGGAUCUUGCCCAAUGCCGACAGCACCUACUACAUGCAGUCAUCCCUGGAGAUCUCCCCACAGCAGGACAGGCACCGCUAUGCCUGCCGGGUGGAGCACAGCAGCCUGGGGGAGCCCACGCUCAUCUGGGCCCCUGGGAAGAAAGGCUCCCUGCCCCCAGGGGUCCUGGCUGCCAUCAUCCUGGCCGUGCUGGUUCUGGCUGGAGCCAUAGGGGCCGGCAUCGUCCUGUGGAGGAGAAAAUCAGCAGGCCCCAAGAACCCUGGCUAUGCUCCAGCAGCCACAAAGAGCGGGGAAGAUUCUGUCUCCAGCUCUUCAUCAGGAACGGACCUCCGGAGUGUGGGACCCCAGUGCUAGGGGCAGUGACCCUGCCCAACUGCUGACCCCACUAGCUGGGCAAUCUCUGUCCUCUGACUCCCCCCUGCCCCGGGGGAGAUUCCCACUUGGUCAUUAGAGCAGUUUCCUCCUGGGGGUGUUGGGCCUCAGGCUCUGCAAUUGCAGGGUUUGUGUCUCUGCUUCGGCAGCCAGGACUUAGCCUCACCUUCUCCCCAAAGGGCCGACUCGCUCCAGUGUCUCGUCUCUGCAGGGGCCGCGCUGCCUGCAUCAGGGACGGGCAGGUCCCCUUGCAGCAGGAACCGGCACAGAGCCCGAUGAGCAGGCAAAGAUGGGGGCGGGGGAGCCCCACAGCAGGGAAUUAUGGGCUACCCCACCCCCAUCUGAGAGACAAAUGGGCCUGCUUGGAAAAUCAAAUCCCAAAAUGGUGAUUUUCAGAGGAGAAGACUCUGUGCUCUGGUCGCGCUCAGGUCCGAGCUUUGCCCUGAAUGUUGUGUGUCAAACCACCGCAAAUUCUGCACACAGCUGAGCUGCUGAGUGUCAGAAUCUCAGCGUGUGUGUGUGUCUGUCUGUCUCUCUCUCUCUGGGGGGCAGGAACAGCGGAAGGCCGAGGACCUGUCCCGCUCCGGGAAUGGAGAACUGGGGGGGCUUCCUUUUCAGUUCCAACUUUUUGCUGGCUUUCUUUUUUUUUUUUAAAUCAUUUUCAGUAAGACCAGGACUUUCGCAGACAGGGUCAAAUAUUGUCUGGGGCGGAUCCAGGACCUCCAUUGUCUCAGGGACCUGGGGACGGCAUAUAUUUUUGGAUCCGAGGGCUUUCUGAGGCCAAAAUUACAAGAAUGAGGAGGCCCUUUAUUUGCAUAAAGGGGUCCUAAUCAGACCCCAUUGGGUAAUGCCAGUGACCUCAGAAAGCGAGUACCCCGUUCUGAUUGGCCACGGGUGCCUGAGGUUUGGCCAUCACGUCUCAGGCCAGGCUGGCAGCCUCUGGCUGUGCCAUGUCACCACACCUUUGCCUCUUUCACCCCCCGCUGGCCACCGAGGGGUAAUGUCCAGCAGCGUGGGGGGCCAAAGAUCUGACACCUACAAGCGCGUCACCGCUAGCUGGCCUGCAAAGCCAUCGACCUUCACACACAUGGGCUGACACGGCCCCUGGCUAAUAGCAGUCCAGCCAGCUGAAUGGACCCCCGAGGGUCGCGCUGGAACAGCUGCAAAAGUGUCCACCUCUCUGGGUGUUUUCUAGUUCUCGUUAGCGGGCACGGAUGCCUCUGGUUUAGUGUUCUGGCCUGCGUGUGUGUGUUUGAGACCCACAGAAUCUAUAUGAGCACAGCGCCUAUAGAGUAGCUGCUCAGAUCCCGACACCAGCCUUAGGUCAAACAGCCUCGCUAUUGGAAAGAUCACACACGGGCAGGUAUUUCGGGAUUAGCACCUGUCCUGUUAACCCUUCGAAGUCCUGAUGUUUUCAUUACAUUCAUCAAUGAGCAUUCAGCGUAACCGGGCCUAUUGGAAUGUGACUCGGGGGGGGGGGGAGAAGAGAUCGGCUGUUACCGAAUCAGCCAUAAUCCGGGCAGGCGCCUUAAUGGCACCGACAGCUCUGCUGCUGAUGUUCACGUCACCAGGGAGCGAUCGGACCCUCCCUCUGUCAGCCCUUGGGCUGGAACCGAAACGUCCAGCUUGGCCUUGGGGAUGCGCGGUGUCUGUGGGGCUGCUAGUGACCCAGAUCCGUCGCCUUCCCGGAGUGUUACGUAGCCCUUAGCAGGGGCUGUUAAUGUACGUGGGGUGGUUUAGUGAACCUGCCUGAGCACAGUAAGUAACUGGACGAUUUCAUGUUCUUCCAUUUGUACAUAUUUUGUUUGAUGCUUUUGCUCGGCUAUUGAGCUAAUAAAACACAGACCAUGGAA